CUCGCUCAGUCUGCGGGAGCCGCGGCGCCGAGAUGAGUGCAGAUGAGAACCCAGCCAGCAAGCCCACACCGGUGCAGGACGUGCAGGGCGACGGGCGCUGGAUGUCCCUGCACCAUCGGUUUGUGGCCGACAGCAAAGAUAAGGAACCCGAAGUCGUCUUCAUCGGAGACUCUUUGGUCCAGCUAAUGCACCAGUGCGAGAUCUGGCGGGAGCUCUUCUCUCCUCUGCAUGCACUAAACUUUGGCAUUGGCGGUGACAGCACACAGCACGUGCUGUGGCGGCUGGAGAAUGGGGAGCUUGAACACAUUCGGCCCAAGAUUGUGGUGGUCUGGGUGGGCACCAACAACCACGGGCACACAGCAGAGCAGGUGACUGGCGGCAUCAAGGCCAUCGUGCAGCUGGUGAACCAGCGGCAGCCCCAGGCCCGGGUCGUAGUGCUGGGCCUGCUCCCACGGGGCCAGCACCCCAACCCCCUUCGGGAGAAGAACCUACAGGUGAACGAGCUGGUGCGGGCUGCGUUGGUUGGCCACCCACGUGCCCACUUCCUGGAUGCCGACCCUGGGUUUGUGCACUCGGACGGUACCAUAAGCCACCAUGACAUGUAUGAUUAUCUGCACCUGAGCCGCCUGGGCUACACACCUGUCUGCCGGGCCCUGCACUCCCUGCUUCUGCGCCUGCUGGCCCAAGACCAGGGCCAGAGCGUUCCCCUGGCGGAGCCCACACCCUAACCAGCCUGCCUUCCCACACAUUAAAUUCUUGCUCUGCA